GAGGAGAGUUUGAAGCUGCUGAACAACGCACUGUUUGGGAGAAUGAAGUUUUCGGGAAGUCCACAGCAAAGGACGGCAGCGUUCUGGGGAGACCACUUUGGAGACCUAGGGACUGUUCAUCAUCGGCUGAGAAGCUGGCUGCGGGAGGGACUGGGCCGCACUGUUCUGGGUAAUUUUAUGAUUCGCUGGACCUGAGGGAAGACGCCGUCGUCUUCCUCUUGAGGCCGCCGAUCGGAUUGUGGAGAGGGGAGUGCGCCGUUCUUCUGCUGGAGCUUAGCUGGAGACCGACUCUGGUUCAUUGACGUUUCUUCUUCUUCUCUGGACCGACUGGUUCUAGUAGGAAGGAAGCAUUGUCGAGCUGGAACGGAGCUACAGUUGCUGGAGACUUGGGUUCUUAUCCGGUUUACAAUCAUUCCGCUUUCAUCAUUCCAGUAUUCAGAUUUUUCAUUCCACUGUUAACAUUCUUCUUCCAUUCCAUCCUGCAAGAUGGCAAAGGGCUUGAUAUGGGCUACAGCAGAGGAUUUGGCCCGAAAUAGAGGAAAGGUUCUCUCAUUGUAUCGCCAAAUACUGAGAAGCCUUAACUCUCCAAAGUUACCACUUAAUUUAGCUGCAAGAAUGGCUAAGAAGGCAGAGGUACGUGCCAUUUUUUUGCUGGGUUCUGAGGAACGGUCAGUGCACAACAUUGUUGACCUCAUUGAUGCUGCAGAAUACUCUCUUUCCCUUUUAAGAAAAGGUGAAAUCCCUAAGCACAUUCAAUGAGCCAACUGAUUUACUUCUCAGAAUAGUGUUUUCAAAUCUUUCUCUCCUUUUUCUAUUUGAGUUCAUUCCUGAAGUGUCAGUUGUAAUGGAUAUUAUUCUUUUGGUACUGGACCUAAAAUGGAGUGGUGGUCUUUUAUCUUUCAUA